AUGGGCUCCAAUGAACUAAAUAUCCCAACGCGUGGGAUGAAGAGGUCUGCUUCGGCCUCCGAAGAGCCCCUAGGCAAUGAGGUUGCUCUUCCGGCCACACCUCAUUAUCACUCGUCAUUUCCUUUUCCUUACACUCACUACGCAAUGAUUUAUCUCGAUAACGAGAGCAAGCUCAAGUAUUACGAAUCUCAGUCUAUUCAGGAACAAGACGCCAUUGUGUUUACUUCGGAAGUCUGCCAGAAUUUUCUCGAUAUUCUAGGCAAACCGCUCAGCUAUCACCAGCCCGCUCACCAGGAAAUGGAUCUAUCUUUUCGUCGGCUGAGGCACCGCAAGAGGAAAGCAUCUGCCAAAUCUGCUUUCAAAAAGCCACUGGAUAAACAGGACAGCGAAAAACCUUUUACUGGUUCGACCGAACUAGUCCCUCUCAGAAUUGGACACCAACGGAAGGUUAUGGAUUAUUAUGAAGGCGCCCUCGGAUACUUUCAGCAGCUCAACUGCCGCGUCAUCGCCAAGGCAUUUAUCAGGUUCAUCGAGCCGGGCAAACAUAUCAAACACCCUUACAAUAGAGGAAAACCACCCCCAGGAUCCCCCCCAGGCACCAAGGGCGACCCCGAAAAGACCAAACCCAAAUGGUGGCCCUAUACUGUAAUACAUAGGGAACCUGACCACUUGAGGAAAGGAGACCGCAUCAAAUUGCUAGUUCACAUUAUCCGCGAGCUCGGUGGCCGUAAAAUUACUGCUGACAAGUUGAAGGAAGUUGCUGGAGAUACCAAGCGGAACUUGGAGCACCCAAGCGAUGUCAAGAUCAUCUAUGAGAUCCUUCGGGUUCGAAAGACGGAGGAACGAUUUGAGCGAAGUGAAGUUAGUGCUGACAAGGUCGAAUACGUCACGUACUAUAAUCCUAGCCCCACGGAUGAUGAUGAGGAUGAGGAGGAGGAGAAGGAUUAUUUUGCUGAAGCAGCCUCAGCAGCUGCCGGAGAGCCUCUACCAAGCAAACAGGAACUGGCUGCCCUGACCACAACAAUUGAGCCUCUCCAUCCCACACCAGUCUACUCCCUCCUAGGUAGCCUCUCCAUGCCCAACCCUCUGAACUUCGGGGUUAGCGGUCUACGAAAUAAUCCUUACUACAAUGUGGUACCCCAAUACACUAACGCCUAUCCUAUGCUCGGCACUCCCAUGGCUUCAAAUAUGACCAAUUCACAGGACACUCCGGUCUUCGAAUACUCUAUUCAGAACCCUAUCCUAGCAUCCACCUCUGUUCAUGAUCAAACUAGAGAUCCAGGUUACUACGGGCGCAGGGUCAAUACAGACAGUGACCAGGACGUCUCCAACCGAGCGGACUACAGCUCACCAGAAACCGGUCAAAGAGUUCCACCUCAUCCGAUGCAAUACCACCGAUAUAUAGCCCGUGCGCAUUUGCACCACAACCAUUCCCAGAUCCCAGGGGCUCUAUAA